ACAGGCCACAUUUAGGAGGUCCCUUGUACUCUCUGUUGCCACUGGCUGGGACACGAUGGAUCACCCAGGGGCGGUCGAUGCUGAGGAUGAGUUGGGGCCGUUAGCCCAUCUCGCUCCAAGUCCUCAGAGCGAAGCCGUUGCUCAUGAAUUCCAGGAACUCUCCUUGCAGUCCAGUCAACACUUGCCUCCUCUCAACGAAAGGAAGAAUGUGCUCCAGCUGAGGCUGCAACAGAGGAGGACAAGAGAACAACUCGUGGACCAGGGCAUCAUGCCACCUUUGAAGAGCCCAGCAGCAUUCCAUGAACAGAUAAAAAGCUUGGAACGAGCCAGAACUGAGAACUUUUUGAAGCACAAGAUUCGGAGUCGACCAGAUCGUUCCGAACUUGUGAGGAUGCACAUUUUAGAAGAAACAUUUGCAGAGCCAUCUCUACAGGCUACUCAGAUGAAGUUGAAAAGAGCUCGCCUCGCUGAUGAUCUGAAUGAAAAGAUUGCCCAGCGACCUGGUCCCAUGGAGCUGGUUGAGAAAAACAUCCUUCCUGUGGACUCCAGUGUUAAGGAAGCAAUUAUAGGUGUUGGGAAGGAGGACUACCCCCAGACGCAGGGUGAUUUCUCAUUUGAUGAAGACAGCAGCGAUGCCCUGUCUCCAGACCAGCCGGCCAGCCAGGAGUCGCAGGGCUCGGCUGCCUCCCCCAGUGAGCCAAAAGGCAGUGAAGCGCCAUCUCCCGUGACUGCAAACACUCCUGCCCAGUUUACUUCGGUGUCCCCAACAGUUCCUGAAUUCUUGAAAACUCCUCCUGCGGAUCAGCCUCCCACAAGGUCCACCGCACCCAUUGCCCCCCCAAACACGGUGUCCUCAGUGAAGCCUGGGCCAGCACUGGUAAAGCAAAGCCAUCCCAAGAAUCCAAACGACAAACACCGUAGCAAAAAGUGCAAAGAUCCCAAACCUCGGGUCAAGAAGCUCAAGUACCACCAGUACAUUCCGCCGGAUCAGAAGGGGGAGAAGAACGAGCCGCAGAUGGACUCCAACUACGCCCGCCUGCUCCAGCAGCAGCAGCUGUUCCUGCAGCUGCAGAUCCUGAGCCAGCAGCAGCAGCACUACAACUACCAGACCAUCCUGCCUGCACCGCUCAAGCCACUCAGUGACAAAAACAACAACAGUGGGAAUUCUGUUUUGAACAAUACCACGCCCAGCGCACCAAGGCCGAACCCAUCUGUUCCUGUGAGAAAGCCAGGGCCACUGCCAUCCAGCUUGGAUGACUUAAAGGUGUCGGAGCUGAAGACAGAACUGAAGCUCAGGGGGCUGCCGGUGUCAGGAACCAAACCUGACCUCAUCGAGCGCCUGAAACCCUACCAGGAGGUGAACAGCAGUGGUGUGGCCACAGGCAGCAUCGUGGCAGUGACCACCCCUGCCCUGGUCACCAGCAACCCGGAAGUGACCGUGGCUUUGCCCGUCACAACACUACACAACUCUGUGACAAGCUCUGGCUCCACAUUCAAGGCAGAGCUGUCCCCUAGCACAGCCCACGCAGAGACCGCCCACUCCCCUCUACCCAUCUCACCAGCACCCUCUGAGCCAUCCAGCCUCAGCACCGAUGACACCAGCAUGGCCGACACCUUCACCGAGAUUAUGACCAUGAUGUCCCCCUCCCAGUUCCUGUGCUCAUCCCCCCUGCGCGUGACCAGCACGGAAGACAGCCUGAGUCCCACAGGCAGUACCCUGUCCAGUCUGGAGCUGGACGCCGCUGAGAAGGACCGCAAGCUCCAGGAGAAGGAGAAGCAGAUCGAGGAGCUGAAGAGGAAACUGGAACAAGAGCAGAAGCUGGUGGAGGUGCUCAAGAUGCAGCUCGAGGUGGAGAAGCGAGGGCAGCAGCAGCGGCCCCCAGAGCCCCAGCCCGGCCUCCCAGCUGGCUCGGUCACCAAACUGGAUCCUGCUUCUGCCAUCAAGGAGGAGUCCUCACCCCCCGACUGCUCCAGCUCCAUCCCCAUCCCAGUCGCCGGCCACUCAGUGAGGCAGCCUGUCCCAACCAGCGGCCAGACCCUCGUUGCCAAAAAGGCUGUGGUUAUCAAGCAGGAGGUCCCCGGAGCCACAGCGGAGCAGCCCAGCCUCGUCCCUCAGUUUUAUACUCCACCACAAGCUGGAAUCCAGACUCAGCCUCAGAUAGCCACUGCCUCCCAGAUCCCUACCGCCACCUUGUCCUCAGGCCCGGCCCAGCCAGCACCUCAGCAACAGGACGCUUUCCCGCGACGCACGCUCGGUCAGCCUCAGCCAGUCAGGAAGGUUUUCACAAACUCAGCAGCCCCUCCAGUUGUCCCGUACCAGAGACAGCCUGCACCCACGGUCCAGCAGCCAUUCGUCACCAAGACCCCUGGCAGCCUCGUCCAGUCCAGAGCUACCCCGCUCCCCUCCGUGCAGAACGGGCCCAGCACCCCCAGCAAGCCUCAUUCGCCCCCGCCACCACCACCAGCUCAACAGUUUGUGGUCCAGCACUCUCUGUUCAGCAGCCCGGUCACCAAGACGAAAGACCCUCCCCGCUACGAGGAGGCCGUCAGACAAACCCGCAGCGCACAGUCCGCCCUCCCAGAGGUCUCCAAUGCACAUAGUCAGCAGAUGGAUGACCUCUUUGACAUCCUCAUUAAGAGUGGAGAGAUUUCUCUCCCCAUAAAAGAAGAACCUUCUCCCAUUUCCAAAAUGAGACCGGUGACUGCCAGCAUCACCACCAUGCCCGUCAACACAGUGGUGUCCCGGCCACCCCCCCAAGUCCAGAUGGCGCCGCCUGUGUCCCUCGAACCUAUGAGCAGUCUGUCCACCAGCUUAGAGAACCAGCUCGAAGCCUUCUUGGAUGGCACUCUCCCUGCAGCCAGUGAGAUGGCCCCCCUUCCGAGCAGCACUGAGGACCGAGAGCCUUUCUCUCUGAUCGAGGACCUCCACAGCGACUUGCUGACUCACUCCGGCAUGCUGGACCACUCCCACUCACCCAUGGAAACGGCUGAGGCCCAGUUCGCUGCGAAUACCCCCUGUCUGUCACUUGACCUCUCUGACACAAACUUGGACAACAUGGAGUGGCUAGACAUCACCAUGCCGACAUCGUCGGGACUCACCCCCCUCAGCGCCACCACUCCUAGUAUGUUCUCCGCUGACUUCCUCGACCCACAGGACCUCCCGUUGCCCUGGGACUAA